UGGCUAUAAAUGAACACUGAAUGAAGGAUGAAUAGAUCGAGUAGUAGCUGAAGCUGUUGAUGAGCCAUCUAAGCUUGCAGAUUCCAAAGUUUCAGGAUCCUAAAAUACUGGAAAGCAUGGAAAGUCAAAUUCCUAUUAACAUGCUGGAAAGGGAAGAAAAGGGGAGGAUUGUUGAAGGUCAAACACCAUUCUCUAAAGGCCUUGGGUUCUUUUGUACAGGCAUACAUUACAUUUCAGGAGAAAUGAAGGAGUUUGGGAACUGGCUAAAAGAUAAGCCUUUCCCAUUGCAGUUCAUCGACUGGGUUCUGCGUGGAACCUCCCAAGUGAUGUUUGUAAACAAUUCUCUUAGUGGGAUCCUUAUUAUUGUUGGACUGUUUCUUCAAAACCCAUGGUGGGCAAUCGCAGGUUGCUUGGGAGCAGCAGUAUCUACCUUCACGGCCAUUCUCCUAAGUCAAGACAGAUCUGCAAUUGCUGCUGGACUUCAUGGUUACAAUGGUAUCCUUGUUGGCUUGCUCAUGGCAGUGUUUUCUGAUAAAGGAGACUGGUACUGGUGGCUGCUUUUUCCAGUGACCGUCAUGUCCAUGACAUGCCCAGUGUUGUCUAGUGCUCUCGCUUCUAUCUUCAGUAAAUGGGACCUGCCUGUUUUUACACUGCCUUUCAACAUUGCUGUGUGUCUGCACAUUGCUGCUACUGGCCAUUACAAUAUAUUUUUUCCCACUGUGUUGAUCCAGCCAAUAGAUGCAGUCCCAAACAUAACCUGGUCUGAUGCUGAUAUAGCCUCGCUUUUAAAGGCUAUUCCUGUUGGUGUUGGGCAAGUAUACGGAUGUGAUUACGCCUGGACAGGAGGCAUUUUCCUGUUGGCUUUAUUUAUUUCUUCCCCAAUUAUCUGCAUGCACGCUGCAAUUGGAUCAUCUCUCGGAAUGAUUGCAGGAUUAAGUAUUGCAACACCUUUUGAGAAGAUCUACUUUGGACUGUGUGGUUACAACUCUGUUCUUGCCUGUAUUGCUGUAGGCGGAAUGUUUUAUGCCCUAACUUGGCAGUCUCACUUACUUGCAAUUUCAUGUGCUUUAUUUUGUGCAUACCUUGGGGCAGCGAUUGCGAAUAUGAUGUCUGUGGUUGGGUUGCCGUCAUGCACAUGGCCAUUUUGUCUCUCAGCUCUCAUCUUCCUAUUAAUAACCACAAAUAACCCAGCAAUCUGCAAGCUACCCUUGUCGAAGGUUACAUACCCAGAGGAAAACCGAAUCUACUAUCUCAACAUGAAAAAAGAAAAGAAAGAAAAAGGCAAUACCAAAAUCUAAAAUGUGCUCUCCUCCAAACUUCACAUGUCAGGGCAUUUAAUUCACAAAUCACACUGCUGAUGUUUGAAAAUGUUAAUUCUGCUGAUUUUAAGCACGCUUUUCAGAAUAUUAUGCGUUUACAUUUGUAUGUAUCCUGCCAUUUCUGUGCUGAGCUCUGUACAUUGGUAAACCACAAUGUACACAAGAGACAGGUGUUUAAAGGUGCAAGUAAACUCUAAAACUCUAAAGAGUAGCAUAUGGAGUUUAUAUAAGAUGUAUACACCUAAAAAAACAUAUAAUGUAUAUAAACAACUUUCUUUCAGCUGGCACUUGAUUUUUUUAAGAAAGUUAUUCAGAUAAUCUUUUCAAACUUCACAAAGUUAAAAAGGGAAUUACUUUUUUUUAAUAACUCCCACUUCACAAUAUUAUACCUAGAAUAUAUUUCUACUUUGUUUAUAAUUCUUGCCCCCAACAUGUACACACACUUCAGAUGAGCCUAUCAUCAUUAUUCAAUUAUUUGCAAUUGAUAAAAUUUGCAGUUACAGCCUUUUUAAAAACCUUUUUGAAUUUUUUUUAAAUUGGG